GCUUUUGGCAGUUUAUAGCUAGUCUUCGCCAUGAGAGCUUCUUGUGUAAUUGUCGCGGUUCUUCUCUGCUGCUCCCUGAGCUCCGCUACGCUCUUCGAUGAUCAGCUCCGCGAGUUGACGGAGUUCAUCCGCCUGCAGAUGCGUUGUGGCUAUCCCGCCAGAGGCGUUCCUGUCUUGGCUCCAGCUAAGAUCGCCUUCCAGGAAAUCAACAUCAACACAGAUAACUUUGGCUGCAAUGGAAACUUUACCGACCUGGUUGUGGAGGGCCUGGACGGGUACGAGAUUUCCCAGCUGGAAUGGAGUAACAUCCGUCACACCAUCAAGUUCGACAUAAAGUUCCCCAAGAUAUCCCUGAAAAGCACCAACUACAAGCUGAACCUUCUGGCUGGUCUCUUCGGAGAUCGGUUUUUCCUGUGGGGCGAUGGGGUCUUCGAUCUAGAGUUGGUCGACUUCCGAGCCCACGGCAGCUUCAUUAUCAGACCGACCACGGCCACCAGCGGAGUGCAUGUCCAGAGCUGGAAGGUGAAUUGGGAACUGGGAGAGGCCAAGUCCCAGACUACAGGGAUCAUGGACAGUCGCAUGUACUCCAAAUUCAUUAAUGAGCUGAUCAAGGAGUACCUGGACAUUCUGGUCAACGACAACCCCACCGAGGUCAGCGAGUUCAUGGAGGAGCUCAUUGUGCCGCCCAUGAACGUGGUGCUGGCCAAUGUGGCCUGGUACGAGAUAACGGCUAUCAUUCUGGGCCUGGUCAACGGCGUUCUGCCGGUGGAGCCGAUUUGCUGAGUGGCUCGCCCAGGAAGUCGGCAGCCAGGUGUUUCAAGUGGUUACCUUUUAAUAAAUGACUCACUCGAGAUAACAAUUAAAA